CUAAAUCGCCAUUAUAUCCUCUCCGAGGUCGAUGUUUCUCUUUCCGCUCCAUCAACCGGCGUCCAUUUUCUUUGUCAUCUUUCCCGCUUUUGGAGCAUCCUUGUCGGACGAGUCCUCGUUGUAACGUCGUAUCUAAAUCACUUAACAAUGGAUGGUGCACCUGUUGGUAGAGGAGGAUUUCGGGGCCGUGGAGGCCCUGGAGGAUUAAUGAGAGGAAGAGGUGGUUUUGGAGAUCGGGGAAGGGGUGGUCCUCCCCGAGGCGGUGGCAUGAUGCGUGGCGGACGAGGCAGUGGACCUGGUGGAGGAAUGAGAGGAGGUCCUCCAGGAAUGAGAGGCAGAGGUGGUCCUCCAGGUCGUGGUGGACGUGGUGGACAUUUUCCACCAGGUGGCCCACCAGAACCUGGCAUGUCUAGUGGACCAGGUGGUGGACCACCACCUUUGGGAAUGGGAGGCCCUCCACGAGGUGGGAACAGGGGUGGUAACAAUAGUUUCCGUGGCAGAGGCAGAGGAGACUUUGGUAGAGGCGAUAGUCGUGGAAAUAAUAAUUUCCGUGGUGGCCGCGGUGGCAUGGAUAGAGGUGGUAGAGGAGGAUCCAGAGGUGGAUCUAGAGGUGGGCCAGGUGGCAGAGGCGGCUUUAACGACCGUGGCGGCAGAGGAAUUGGCGGUGGACGUGGUGGUCCGACCAAGCGAGGUGGAGGUCCGCCGAGUUCCAACGGACCUUCGAAGAGACCUCGUUUCGAUCAACCGUCUUCACAGCCAUCAAAUGGCUAUGCUACUCAAUCGUCCAAUCAAGGUGGUUACGGCAGUGGUUCAAAUAACGCUUACGGUGGUCAGCAGCAACCUCAGCAACAAUCGGUGGGAUACGGUGGUGGUGGCGGUGGUUAUGGCUCGCAACAAGGAUAUACACAAUCUUAUCCUGGUUACGAAAGUUAUCAGCAGCCACCAGAUUAUGCGCAAACAGGCUACCCUUCAUCCGCUCCACCAGACAACAGAUAUGGCGGCGGAGCAUCGUCAGUUCCGGCUACCGGAGGCUUUAACGAUCCGUACAAUUACGGCAAAGCACCACAAUCAGCCAAUUACCAGGAGGCAGUGCCAGCUGCGGGGCCGGGUGGCGGGAACGGGGAUUAUACCCCUGUUAACCCAUAUGACGACCGAUUUUCUAAUGACAACGUAAUCGACCGGGGCGGUUAUUCGACGCAAUCUUACGAUUAUUCAAACCAAGACGGAGUUUAUGGGAAACAGGACUACGGUGGCAGUGCUGGUUACCAAAACGCCCAGUCUCAGCGACGUUAUUAAAGAUUCGACACAGUAAAUCCGCUCGUUAAUUUUAUAUGUAGGUAGACAACAUUUUUCUUCAGAGAAAAGCAAAAAAAAACAAAAAAAAAGAAUUAAAAUUAAAUUCAUAGAUAAAAGAUGAGGAUUCGAUCGCCACGCGUAAAGAGUUAGAGGAAGAGAGUGUUAGAUGUAUCUCUCUUUUGAAAUUGUGAGAUAAGAGAAUCGACUACGACGAUGACGAUAAAUAAUAAAAAUAAUCGGAAAAUCUUGAAAGCAAAGUCUCAUGAAAGAGAAAAUCAUCGCGAAAAAUCAUGUAUAUCACAUGUUUGAUUUCCAUUCUCCGUAGGAUAGUCCUGGGAAAGAUGGGAAAGGUGGUAUUUACACGUAUAGAAAUUGACGCUUUCUGACAAGUAUGAAGCUGAUUUUUUUCGAUAUAAGAUUUCUAUUUGAUUCAAUCAUUUUAACGUUUUUAUUCUAUAAACUGUCAAAUUCGAUUAAAAUUGAGUCAUGCUCAUCUUUAUAUUUUGCUAAUUUGUUAAAACGCGUUUAAGCUUAUAAUUUAUAAAGUGUGGAGGUGAUAUUAUUUAAAUUAUUUUUUGUUUAUAUUUGAUUUGAUUAUAUAAAUAGAGUAAAUUUUAUUCCAUUUUAUGGAUGGAGUAAAUAGAUUAUGAAUUAUAGUGUAUAUAAAGUACAAAUUUACACGUUACAUAAAAAUAUUCAUAUUGUGUUGACACGUUCAUUGCCCGAGAAAACCAACUGAUGUAUAGGCUGACACAUAUCAGAUAUAAAUAUAUCAGAAAACAUCAGUAUGUAUAUUUGCUAUGAUUUCGAAUAUUCAAACUUUAUUGCCAACUCCGGAACUAUCCAGAACUAAUAAAAUCUGGGACAAUCAAUUCGUGGCAGUCAACGUGUCGAAUAAUUUAUAUUUUAUUUUCGGUUUAUUUUAAGUGGUUUAUAUAGUUAUUAUACGAUAGAAUAUUGUGCAAAGACCUGAAUAUACAGAGUACCACAAUUCUCUGAUCUUCAAUUUCGAAUUAAUCGGAAUAUCCGUCGUUAAAAUUGAAGUUUUACAAAUGUAGAACACUUUACUUUGCACAAAAAUAUAUAUUGAGAUAUAUAUAUAUAUAUAUACACACACAUUAUUACAUUUAUUAUUAUUAUUAUUAAAAUUAUUAUUUAACUAAUAAAAAUGAAAUAACAUAGUUAUAUAAUUCAACAAAAUAAUUUGUUGAAACCGCAAUAAAAAUUUAUGCCGGGGAAAAAUCGGCUUCAUAUCUGUCAAAAAGUGAUACUCGUGUAUCCGCUGAUUUCCAACUUUCUCCGCAUCACUUUGCUUUCGAAGGAUUUUUCCGUUCCCGUUUAGCUAUCCCGUUCGUCACGCGCGCAGAAUGACUUUUGAUCAAUCGAUUCACACACGUACUCGAUGAUGUAGGGAAAUAAUAUUUUAUACUCGACACUCGGCAGUUACUAUUACUACUACUACCACGUCAUUAUGUCGCUUAUACGACGAUCUCUAGAAUUAAGUGUAGCUCCGACGAGGCGCCACGCUCUUGUCGAUCUUGUCUCAUCCACGAUUUAAGCGGAAAAUAGUGUAAUUUAAUAUUAACAGUAAUUUGAACACACACUCAUCAACAUAUAUACACAACAAUAAACGAUAGAAUGAUAACAAUUAUUAACGACACAUUGCAAAUGUAUGGGCAAUCUCCUAUUGUGUAAAUAGAAACUCGUAAAUAAACCCAUUGAUUGAAAAAAGGACACAACGCGCGAAAUGUAGAACUGCAUAUUUCACAUCUUUAAAGGCGAGGGUCUUAUAUUUUUUAAUUUAGUGAAAUCUCCGACAUAUAUAUAUUUUUUAUACACCUGAAUCACACGCAAUUACCAAAGACACCGUCGAUUUUUAUUUUCGAUAUUUAUAAUUGUGCGUAAUUCGGUAAACGGUCACCGCACUAUUGUUGAUUAUUAGCCAAUAUAACAAUCGACAGUUGUCGCUUGAAAACUCUUCAAAAAACUUGGGAAAUAACCAGUUGAUCGUCGAAAAACUACAAGAAUCUGAGAGAACUGAGAGGAUUCUAAUUCUUAUUCUAGUGUCUUUCAUCCGGCGAAAAAUUGUAGUAUUCGGAAUGAAACGAUUGAUACUGGAAGGAAAAUGAACGAUUGCAUUCUAUGAUGUCGAAUUGUCUUACGUUAUUUUAACUUAUACUUAACAAAUCUUUUGUUGAAAUUUAUACUGCAUUUCUUGUAUACGAUGAACUUUUAUUUUACGAAUAUAUAUGCACACAUAUACACACACAGAAAAUUAUAUAUUUAUAAAGCGUAUAACGACAGUCGUAUUGUCAUGUUUCGAUAUAAUGUAAGUUCGAUUUAAAUGAAAGACAUGAUGAAUGCAGAAAAAAGAAAAAAAAUUGUACAAAAUCAUCACACCGAAGAUUUGCUGUUAUUGUCACCUCACCUCCGGCACGAGAGAGAGACACAGAAAAAAAGUACGGACGCAAAAGACCAGCAACUGCCCUAGGAAGAGACAGGCUAAUCUCGCAAAGAGCGAGUGGGCGAAUAAGCGAUAAUUGAGCGAAAAAUCGUCUCGAUAGUGUAGCGAUGAAGUAGGUAUGAAGUUUUUUUACGAAAUCCUAGUAGAUUAGAGAUUAUUACCUGCUCGGGCGAUCUGCUAGGUUUUCGUGGAUCUACCGAGCCUUAAAUCGUUCCUUCGUUCACAGAUUCUUCGAUCGAUUUGAAAACCGAUUUUUAGUUGAUGAAAGCACUGAGAGCCGAAAACUGUAGUUUUUAACUGUUAGAAUUAAAGAAAGUACGAAAAAAUGUUGAUUUAAGAAGUAAAGUGAAAAGUAAAAAUUUUUUUAUAACUUGACAGUAGUGUUUAGCUAAAAA